AUGAUGACGACUGACUCUAGCUCGGCUUACGGAACGACAUCGUUAUGGACCUGGGGGCCGGUCUAGCACAGAAAGAUGCAGGACGAUGGCCUUUUGCUGACCGCGCGAUCCUGUCCUUCUGCCCAUUUCAUCAUACAGAACUUGAGGUCCAAGCGCCAGGUCGCCUUCAAGCGUGCCGAGCAGUACGUCAACGAGUACAAGAAGGCCGAGCGUGAGGAGAUCCGCCUCAAGCGCGCCGCCAAGGCCGCCGGCGACUUCUACGUCCCCGCCGAGGCCAAGGUCUACUUCGUCAUGCGAAUCAAGGGGUGAGUAGCUGGUUGGGGAAAUGACGAGACCGCGAACUGUAGCAGCAAAGUACUGAUCCGCGUCGCCCGCCGUCUCGCCUGCGCUCAGCAUCAACAACCUUGCGCCCAAGACGAAGAAGAUCAUGCGAUUGCUCCGCCUCUUGCAGAUCAACAACGGUGUCUUUGUCCGUGUCACCAAGGCCACGUCGCAGAUGCUCUUGAUGGUCGAGCCCUACAUCACCUACGGCGAGCUCUCGCUCUCGGCCGCGCGCUCGGUCAUCUACAAGCGAGGUGCGCUCAAGAUCAACGGCCAGCGCAUCCCCAUCACCUCGAACCAGGUCGUCGAGCAGGCCCUCGGCAAGCACGGCAUCCUCACGAUCGAGGACAUCGUCCACGAGAUCGUUACGUGCGGCCCCGCGUUCAAGCAGGUCAGCAAUGCGCUGUGGCCCUUCAAAUUGUCCAACGCGCUCGGCGGCUACCGAACCCGAAAGUUCAAGACCUUCAUCGAGGGUGGUGAGACCGGCAAGCGUGAACACUUUAUCAACGACCUCGUCCGGUAA